AAAAAAAAAGGGGAGCGGAUAGUGUGAGUAAGAAAGGGGUGGAGAAAGAGGGAGAGAAAGAGGGAGGGAGAGCAUGAGAUGAUCAGGAGAAGAGAGGCGAGAGGAGAAAAGAGGGAGGCAGCUUAAAGACUUCAUGUUUUCUUCAGCUUCAUAAGGAGAUCACAAUAAAGAUUACGAUGGCCUUCUUGUUGAUGUUCGUGACGCUGCUGCAUUUGGUCUCUCUGGCCAUGGUGUUCAUCGCUACUAUGGAGAAGUCCUGGUGGACGUGGGAUAGCGUGGACCGAGCAGAUCUCUGGCACAAAUGCAUCUAUGAUAACACAACAGACACUAUGAUGUGCACCACUGUUUCUCAGAACGAUUGGUUGCAGUCGGUGCAGGCUCUCAUGGUCCUGUCCGUGAUCCUCUCCUCCAUCUCCUUCAUCGUGUUCAUUUGCCAGCUCUUCACCACAUCUAGGAAGGGCCUCUUUUACUUCAGUGGACUUACCCAAAUCUUUGCAGGCCUGACGACGUUUGCAGCAGUCCUGAUCUAUACUUUCCAAAGAAGAGAGAUCCUACAGGACCCUCCGGAGCUGACCAAGGGCUAUUUUGGCUUCUGCUUCAUCCUGGCCUGGGUGUGUGUUCCCCUGCUGAUCAGUAGCGGGGUUCUGUAUGUCCACCUGCGCAAGAAAACACACACUGCAGCAUGAAUGAAUGAAUGAUAUGGCGCUUGGGAAUGAGUCGGUUCUUUGAAUCGACACUUUUUGAGAGUCGACUUGCAUGUACUUUUGUGUGUUCUGCAGGUGUGUGCAGUGCCAAUGUAUUUUAAUCUAAAUGCUUCCAUGCAAAUAAUUUUUCAACAUCUGAACUUUUUUACCUUUUUUACCAUACAAAUGUUAUAAACUAAAAGGUUGAGUGAGAUUAGUUAUAUAUAGGCAAAGAAGAGCAAUAGUUAAAAUAUCAAAAACUACCUACUAAAUGGGAACAAGUCGUUUGUGAGCUGAAAGAGUUGACUCUUUUUGGUGAGUCAAAUGAUCCGACUCGCUGAAAAGAUCCGGAAUCCCCAUCAUUAACGUCAAGUAUUUUCAUAACCAAAUAUUACUUAAGCUUAAUCAGAGGUCCAAUUUGCUUUAAGCAAACAUAAAAUCAUCAAUUUGUAUAGUCAGAGUGCAUUUGCUUUUCAUCCCGGAUCCUUCUGCUGAAUAAUUUUGUUUUUUUAGAUAUAUAUAUUGGGAAUUUCUUGUAAAAUAUUAAAUACUACCGACUCCACAGUUUACCAUCAUCCCAAAGAUGGCGCUGUUGUCCAGGCUGAAGGUUUUUUUCUUUUUAUCUGUUCUCUGGAAAUAUAUAUUUUUUUAGAAUAUAAUAAGUAUUAUGUCCAGAUAUAGAGAUGACAGCAUAAUUAUUAUUCAUAGAAAAUAUUUACAUUUACGUUUGGUGCACAUUUAUG